AUGUCGGCAGGCGAUAAUUUCGAUCGCAGCAUCGACCUCGGCCACUGCCGCUACACCUACGAGAGAUUGGGCCUCACUCCGUUCCACGAGGUCUGCAUGUCGGGCUGCCUGGGGGCGGUCGAGCGAUUCCUCGAGCUCGGCCAGGAUCCCAACUGCCGCGAGCAGAUCGCCGCGGGCCGCGUCGUCGAUCCGCCGCUGCACAUGGCUCUGAGGCAGCUGUCCAACCGUGAGCUGGUCCGGACGCUGCUGAGGGCGGGCGCCGACCCAAACUUGGCCAACCACGAGGGACGGACGGCGCUGCACGUCGUCUGUCAGCGUCACAACCUCGCCUUCGAGAUGGCCGAGUUACUCUUCGAGACUUGCGACGAGGAGGCGUGCCUGCGGGUGCGGGUGCGAGCUGUCGACGCGCGUGACAAGUCGGGCUGGACGCCGCUGCAAUUGGCACUGAGCGUCAAGGACUGGAGGCUGGCCGAAUUGCUGCUGAGCAGAGGUGCCAAUCCGACGUUGGCCGACCCGCGAGGACGUACGUCUCUGCAGCUCGUCUGCGAGGCUUACUCGGCCGACGAAGGAUCGGCAACGAUCGAGGCCCUGAGCCGCCUCGAGGAACUGGCCCGAUCGAUGCUGUCCAAUCCCAAGUUGGCCAACGAGAAGGGUAGGACAGCUCUGCACCUCGUAGCCGAGGAAGACCAUACUCGAGCUACCAUCGAGUUCUGGUGUAACAAGGUAUUGGCCGGGAUCGAUCGUCGCGAUCCCGAGUGGAUCGACGCCCGCGACGAGUCGGGCAACGCGCCGCUGCAUCUGGCCUGCGACGCUGCGACCAACCACAGCUGCCACCAGCUCGGCACGAGGAUGAUCCAGUGGCUGCUGGAGGCGGGCGCCGAUCCGAAUCCGAUCGACUGCGACGGCGUGACACCUCUGCACAUCGUCGCCGUGUGCGAGCACGCGCUCGGGCCCGAUGGGAACGCGAUCUUGGCGGAGCUGCUGUUCGACCUGUGCGAGCGCAGCAGGGGCCAGCGCAGGCGGCUGCUGGUCGACGCACAGGACGAUCACGGCGCCACGGCGCUGCACUUGGCCGCGCGGCGAGGCGAUCGCGCGUUGACCCGGCUGCUGCUGAGACGGGGCGGCGCCGAUCCGAACCUGGCCAACGCCGAGGGAUCGACUGCUCUGCACGAGGCGGCGAGGGCGGACGACCACUCGUACCUGCCGGAUUUCCUCCUGGAGGCUCGCGGCGGCGACUCGGAGUUCGCUGGCACGGUUCUGGACGUCAACGCCCAGGACAAGGACGGCGACACGGCUCUGCACUUGUCGCUGAGACUGAGAGAGUGCCCGGUGAGGGCCCGGCUGGCGUUGCGCGCGCUGCUGACGCUGGGCGCCGAUCCGAGCCUGACCGACGACGAAGGUCUGACCGCGCUGCACUUGCUGGGCUGGGGGAGUUUCGGCGCGGGCCCGAUCAGCGAGUUCUUCGCCGUCUGCGACGAGUUGGGCUGGCGCGUCCAGGUGGACGCCCGCGACCACCGGGGCAACACACCGCUGCACCUGGCUCUGGACAACGUCAAUGUCGCGGAGGUCGAGGUACUACUGAGACGCGGCGCCGAUCCCAACUCGGCCAAUGCGGAGGGAUCGACUCCUUUGCACGUCAUCUGCGGGGGACACGAGCUAAACCGCACCUCGAGUACGAACCUGGUGAGUGCCUUCUUCCGAAUGAACGACGAAUCUGGCAGGCAUCGGAUACCGAUCGACGCGCGAGACAAUCGGGGUCGAACGCCUCUUCAGGGGGCCGCGAUGAGUCUCGCGCCCAAUAAUUUCGAGGUACUCUUGGAUCGUGGUGUAGCCGAUCUCGCGAGCUUCGUUUUCCCCACCGAGGCGCAAUUCGACGAGCACUGUGGACACUUGGUAAACGAAUGCAUCGAGUUUAAGUUGAUGCUGGCGAUCGGCGCUAUGACUCUGGUCGAGUGCCUGGAAAAAAGGGGAUACGAGCUGGAGCGCGGCGACGCCAUGGCGAUCAUGAGAGUCAUCGAUAAGCUCGGAGUGCUGCGGCUACGAGUGAACGACCCCACGUUUGCCUCGAUGCUCGACCAGGACAUCGACGUCGCGAAAAAUACGAUGGUAAAAGACGACGACGGCUCGGAUUCCACGACGCUCCACGAUCUGAUGCGGAUGCAACCCGGAGAGGCGGCGAGACGAUUCUCGCGCUGGGACUGUUACGAGUUCGUGCGCUCCGCAAAACUGUGGAGACUCGAUCGCGAGCCCAGACUGGCCUGUCACUCGCUUCUGUUCGAGAUAACGUCGAGGCGAUUUUUCAAGAGCUGGGCCCUGGAUCCCUUCAUGCAGCUGACUCACUGUCGGCUGCCGAUUCUCUGCGCCGACAUGAUCUGCGACAAUCUGAACAACGAGGAUUUGUUCAAUAUUUGCUUGGCGGUGGAGGGUCAAGGACGGCCUAGCGAUGUCGAACGGAAUGAUUAG